CCGAGCCAGCCGAGCGAGAGGAUGACAUUUCCGCGCUGCUGGGAGCGUGCGCGCCUCGCCAGCAACCCACCGGCUAUGCUGGGCGCCGGCAACCCACGCACACACGAUGCGAGCUGGCUGGACUCGGCAUCGGCGCUCAAGGGAGCGAAGGCGGCCGAUGCCGUCUUCGCGAGGAAGGCUUUCGGGGCGGCAGGCCUGGCGCUUGUUCCGACCGUGAAGCUGCGCAACGCGUACGAGUUCCAGGCGAGCACAGGCGGCCAAACCGACUACAAGCCGUUCGACGGCAAGUGCCCCGACUAUCACGAAGCCGCCAUCACCUUCCUUGCAUCGUCGCCCGUACCAGAGCCCCGCUUUCCGGGUGCCAAGAUUGGCACCGACGCCUCGUAUGCGCUCGAGAAUGGAGCGAGCGUCGGCGUGCUGGACAUCCACGCACCGAUGUCUGCCGCGCUCAAGCAGCACCUGAUGGUCGCCAUAAGUGCCAACCCGCCGCCGGGCAACCCGCCGCCGGCCUCACUCAUCAACUUCCUGCGCGAGCGCUCGCUGCCUCCAAAGGCGCGAGGUAAGUUCGGCGAGGCGCAGGCUUUAGCAAGCUUUAUGCAGCGGGUCGGCCUCGAGGCGGCCAAGUCGGCCUCGUCCGAGGCCGACAGGGCAUACCACGACGCCGCCGCAAGCACGGCAGCGGCGCAGGCGGCGGUUGCGGCGGCUGGGAGGCGGGCGGCAGAGCACCUGGAGCAGGCGGCCCGUGCCGCUGGCGCGGAGGCAAGGUCGGCUAAUCCGGCACUGACCGACGAGGGCGAGCUGCGCGUGCGCGCCGAGGUGGCGGCGAGCCUCUCCGACCUGCAGGUGGCCCAGGCAAAGCAGGUGCACUCGCUCAACGACGCGCCGGCCCUGCCGCCAGGGGGGGGCCUCCACGUGCGGCCGGGCCCGCGGCGGGCCCCGGUGCCGACGGUGCCGGGUCAGCCGCCACCAACCCACUUCGACAUGCAGGUGCGGACCCCGGGAGCGGCGUUCCCGGCGAGGGGCAUCCCGCCGCGAGACGAGCGCGAGGAGUUUAAGACCGUGUCAGCAAGUGCAGCUUGGAACUGCCGCGACCCGGGAGGCGCAACGCGCGCCGAGCUGGCCUACGUCCGGAUGGAGAUCUACGCGACACCCGCCGAGGAGGCGGCGUGGAAAGCAGAGGAGGUGGAGCACCUCUUCUUGCAGAUUGUGGACCCCUCCGGGAGGCACCACCUGGUGGUGGCCCCCGCUUGGCGGAUGGCCCAGCUAGGUGCUAACUACAACGCCUCCGACUCGUUCACUCUGUAUUCACGCUGCCUGCUGGACGAGAACGGAGUGCCAUAUGGCACGCCGCCGGGCUCGAGUGCGGGAGACUACCCCAACCCACCAUUCCACAGCACGCACACUGACCAGCUUCUAAAGAGGCUGGUCUACGAAUACGGUUUUGUAUAUGUGACCUGGUGGGAGUACUAGUAGCCCCGCGAAGUGUUUUCUCUCGUGC